GUUUUGUUUUUUCCCUUUUCCCUUUUAAAUAAAAUUAAAAAAAAAAAAAAACCUUGAGACUAUAACUUAAAUGCUGCUAUAGGAAGCACAGAUGUUGGGGCAUUUUUGUGACCAAGAAGCAUUCUGGUUUUUACAUUACUAAAAUUUGCCAAGGUUAAGUGGUCUUGGAAUCAAAUCUAAACUGUCUGUCUGCCAUGGCAAAACUUGAACACAUGGAUAGAGUUUGCAAAGGAAAUAAAAGAAUUCAGAUUUCUGCUCCUUGAUUUCAUUUUUCUAUAUUCUAAUUUUCUAUUUUUUAUUAGUUGUAAAAGUUAGUCCUGCCUUAUAUGGAAAUAAUGCUUUAUCUGUUGUGGUGCUAGAGGUGUGUGCUAGGGAGGUUUUCUACCACUGAGCCACAUCCUUAGCUGCUAGAAGCAAAUUUACUAACAUCACUUUUACUAAAAAGAUGGAUGACCCCAUUUUCUGACAGGCAAGUGUAAGUUUCUGAGUGUCCCGUAUGUGUGGUGCAGAUGAGAACUCCCGGCUCUUGUCUUCUGUGACAUGGACUGAUUCCUGUGGAUGGGCACUUGCCUGCUCUGAGGCCUUGCUGAGACCAGGCAGGCUGGCCUAGUGGUUCUGACAGUCUGGUUCCCCAGGUGUUCCCUCAAACCAGGGUGCUGUUUGAAAUGCAAAUUCUGCGGUUCUGCUUCAUACCAGCUGCCCCCAUGUGGAAAAAGGUGUGUGCCCGCAGCUGUCUGGGUGAGUGGUGUAUACCACGCAUCAAGACCACUAUCACAGGCACAGUGGAGAGGAGGCUGCCACUGGAGCCUCUUGUGAUGAAUGGUCUGAGGCCUGUCACCUCACUGUGAUUUGAUAAAUAUUUUAAUUCUGACAUUUCCUAAUUUUUCAGGGUCCUGAAAAAAUGUUUAAGUACUAAUCAGAUUAUCUAAACUUAUGAAGAUAUAUAGAAACAGGCCAUAAGUAUUUAUCAGUUAAACAGUGUUCUCAGAUAACAUGAAACUUGUUUUCCUCUGGGAAAUUGACAUAUAGUGCUUAUGCAUUCUGUGCUGUUAAUUCACAGAAGUUGAUGAUCUGCGCCAAAAAGUAAAGCUACAAGUAGCAAAAUAGCAUUUGGGGACAUUCAAAGGAGAGAUUUUAAUACCUUAAACUAGUGAAUUGAGUCUCUGACAUCUUUGAUCCAGUGCAGGGACACAGCUAAAAGGAACAGCAACUGUUUUCAUGUGAGCAGUCGAGAGGAUUGCCUAAGUCAGGCCUUAGUUGAUAAACCAUCCCGUCUUUCUAGUGUGUCUGAAGGUCUGCGCUGUGGGUUCUGUGCUGUGGGUUUUACUGAGCAUCUGCAGAUGCUCUGUCUCUUGAAGAACCCAGCAACAGCCUUCCCUGGGGAGCUGUGGCGUCUUGUGCAGGGGGCUGUCUCUGGGGCAGCAAGGUCUGAGAAUGCUCCACAGCACCCCGAGCAGCACUCCUGGGUGAUCUCCUUAUGCCCCAGUGCUUGAUGUCCAGGGCUAGGAUUUUAUCACGUGGACUGUAACACAGCAAAGCCAGAUUCUUUGUUGCUAUCCCAGAGCACACUGUUUGCCAGUCUGUGGAAUCAUGUCCACCGAGCAAGGUGGCAGUACCUGCCCAAAGGUCACCGUGGUUCCACCGUGUCCGACGAGCAGCACAACCAAACUGAUUGACCAGAAUGUGUCCGAAGAGGCUCAGGGAAUAAAUGGGAAGACACCAGCGAAACACUGCGCUCCAAGUCCAAAGCCACAAGUGCCUCCAAAGCCAUUACGUCUGCAGAAUUCACCUUCGUCCAAUAUACACCAAACCCCCAGGCAGAAAGCUUUAUCUAGAGCAAAACCCAGGAUGGAGGAAGUUAAACCUGCCUCUGCUUCUUGUGUCUCAAAAGAAAAACCCAAUAAGGUAUCAGACCUCAUCAGUCGCUUUGAAGGAGGCAGCGCGCUGUCGAGUUAUCACGAUCUGAAGCGAGACUCUGCUGUGAACCUGCACACCCCGCGCACCCCCGGCCGGCAGGGGCCGCCACCCGCGCCUCCCCAGAAAGCAACGUCCUCGCAGCCUGGAGCCGAGCCGGCGCACACGCGGGGCCCGCAGACACGCGUGGCCAAUGGCGUGAUGGCACCACAGAGUGCGGCCACCGCCAUAGACAACCCUGAGCCUCCGGGACCGCAGCAGACUGCAGACCCUGUUCCCGGCUCGAAGGCUGUGAACGGAGAACCAGAGGGGGCUGAAUCUCCCGCCACUGGUGCCGAGCAAGACGGCGACGCUGCUGCCCACCAAGACGGCGAUGCUGCUGCUCACCACGACAGCGAUGCCCCCGAUGGCAGCUGCAGGACUCCGGGUGCUGACCCUGAGCGCCCCGCAAGAGGAGGAGAGGCCCAGACGGAGGCUGGGCUCCAGGACAGGGAGAAUGGGGAGAGCCCCAUGGAGCUGGAGCAGCACCCGGAGCAGCAGCCUGAGAUGAAGGAAACAAAUGAGCAAAAACUUCACAAAAUAGCCAAUGAACUUCUGCUUACGGAAAGAGCUUACGUCAACCGACUUGACCUCUUAGAUCAGGUAUUUUAUUGUAAACUAUUGGAAGAAGCAAACCGAGGCUCAUUUCCAGCAGAGAUGGUGAAUAAAAUCUUUUCUAACAUUUCAUCAAUACAUGCCUUCCAUAGUAAAUUCCUAUUGCCAGAGCUGGAGAAACGAAUGCAAGAAUGGGAAACCACUCCUAGAAUUGGAGACAUUCUUCAAAAACUGGCGCCAUUCCUCAAGAUGUAUGGAGAGUAUGUGAAAGGAUUUGAUAACGCAAUGGAAUUGGUUAAAAACAUGACAGAACGAAUCCCCCAGUUCAAAUCAGUGAUUGAAGAGAUUCAGAAGCAGGAGAUUUGUGGGAGCCUGACUCUGCAGCACCACAUGCUGGAGCCCGUGCAGCGGAUCCCCCGCUACGAGAUGCUUCUGAAGGACUACCUGAGGAAGCUGCCCUCGGACUCCCCCGACUGGAGCGACGCAAAAAAAUCACUUGAAAUUAUAUCUACAGCAGCAAGUCAUUCUAAUAGUGCAAUAAGAAAACUGGAAAACCUAAAGAAACUCUUAGAGAUUUAUGAAAUGUUGGGAGAAGAAGAAGACAUUGUAAAUCCUUCAAAUGAACUAAUAAAAGAAGGACAGAUACUCAAAUUAGCUGCUCGAAAUACAUCAGCACAAGAACGCUACCUUUUCUUAUUCAACAACAUGUUGCUGUACUGUGUGCCCAAAUUCAGCUUGGUGGGCUCAAAAUUCACGGUGCGGAACAGGGUUGGAAUUGAUGGAAUGAAAAUCAUAGAGACUCACAAUGAAGAGUAUCCACAUACUUUCCAGGUGUCUGGGAAAGAGCGAACACUGGAACUGCAGGCCAGUUCUGAGCAAGACAAAGAAGAAUGGAUCAAGGCCCUUCAAGAGACUAUUGAUGCUUUUCAUCAAAGGCAUGAAACUUUCAGAAAUGCAAGUGCAAAGGAUAAUGAUAUUCACUCUGAGGUUUCUACUGCUGAGCUAGGGAAAAGAGCCCCGCGGUGGAUCCGGGAUAAUGAAGUGACCAUGUGCAUGAAAUGCAAAGAGUCUUUCAACGCGCUGACCAGGAGGCGGCACCACUGCCGAGCCUGCGGAUAUGUGGUUUGCUGGAAGUGUUCAGACUACAAAGCUCAACUGGAGUACGAUGGCGGGAAAUGGAGCAAAGUUUGUAGAGACUGCUUCCAGAUAAUAAGCGGGUUCACAGACAGCGAAGAAAAGAAGAGGAAAGGGAUUUUAGAGAUCGAAUCAGCAGAAGUAUCAGGAAACAGUGUAGUGUGCAGCUUUCUUCAAUACAUGGAGAAGUCAAAACCUUGGCAGAAAGCUUGGUGUGUGAUUCCCAAGCAAGACCCUCUUGUGCUGUACAUGUACGGGGCCCCCCAGGAUGUCAGAGCCCAGGCUACCAUUCCACUGCUGGGCUACCUUGUGGACAACAUGCCGAGGAGUGCAGACCUGCCACACAGCUUCAAACUGACCCAGUCCAAGUCUGUGCACAGCUUUGCUGCAGACAGUGAGGAACUGAAGCAGAAGUGGCUGAAAAUUAUCCUGUUAGCUGUCACAGGUGAGACCCCGGAUGGUCCAGAUGAGCAGCCCACCAGCUUGGAUGAUCCCCCUGGACCUAAGAAUAAACCUGAGUGCUGAACUCACCACGAAAGACACACAGCUCAGACAUUCCCAGCUCACCUCACUCAUCUCGUAGCACUUUAUGUUGAAAAUCCAGGCUCAUGAAUGCAUCUGCUGGGGACUGUUUUCCUGUUUGUGUAUUCUUGAGAAAAUCAAUGUGCACAGCCAUUCUCCUGAUAAAGUUUUGAAGUAAUGUGAAAAAUAGAGAUUUUUUAAUCAGCUCCUCCUUGAACGUGUACUAUUUGUCUUGAAGAAAAUGGUGUUGAUUAUAUCACUAACAGGUAGAAUGGGCCACUUUCAUUAAGGAAAUCCUUCAUUGUGUCUCCUUCCUAUGUAGGAUCUGUAUGAAAGAUAUACCUCUGUGUUGCCAAAAUAGAUCCAUGGUAAAAAAUACAGGGACAGGCUAGGGAACUGUAUUGACUUAUUUAGUUUAUAAACCUCAAGCUGCAUAAAUAGUGUCCUUUUACAAUGAGAAAAAGGACAAAUUGUGUUCAGACUUUUGACUUAUUAAAAAAAGAGAUACUUCUUUUUGUAGAAAUAGUCCUAAGAAUACAAUAUCUAAAGUACAUAACAAUUAUCUGUAUAUAGUAUUAAAUAUGAACAUAUAUACUAUACAUGCUUUUCUCUCAGCUUAAGUUCACAUCAUCUCUAAUUUAUUUUUUAACUUUAAAGCAUGUUUUAUCUUGGAACUGAGCAGUGUUCUAAAUUUAAAUGUUUCUGGUGAUUUACAUUUAACGGAUUGGUAUCUAAGGCUAUUGAUAUUUUUAUAAUAAGAAAAAAACAGUAAUUUAUGUGGCAUGGAAUAUAUUAGUGAAUUCCAACAGUAUUUUUAGAGUACUAUUUUUUUUCUGUGCCUAUUUAAAACAGUGCCUCUCUUAGAAGGUGCUAUUAAUAGCUGUUUAAAUAUAAGGGUGAGGGUUCAGUUAGUAUUUCUGUCUUGAUUAUUUUGAAAUUAAAAUGCAUUUUGAUCACUGGGUUAGUCAAAUGCAUACGGGUUAUUUUAUUAUCCUUUAUAAUUAUUAUAAUCAUUGCAGUAGUUAACAUCAGCAUGUACAAAAAUCUUUACCAAAACCUGAACCAUAUUAUAAGACACCUGACCUUACAUGGACUGGGACAUGUGGAAACUACAUUGAUUACAAUGUUUUCCUUUUCCAUAAGACUGUUAGGCAUGGUGAGAUGAGAACUAUCUAUAAUGAAUGCUCCUGAUAACUGUGUGGGCCUAUUCUUUUGUGAGAUAUGAGUUAAAAUUCACACACCCUGACCUGUACUUGGGAGCAGGGUUUGGCUGAUAUGUAGUAAAGGAAGUUUAUGCUCUGCCAUUUCACCAGAAAAGGAAAGGGAAAACAUUAGAAAAAAAGCAGUAUUUUAUUUAUUUGGGGGUUUUUUGCAUUAACAUUUUUCUCAAUUAAGAGCACUAAACUUCUGUACCAUACAGGUGUACUCCCCAAUUCAAUCUGGGCUGCCAUAUAGACAGACAGAAAGCGCAGGGAUUUUUCCUUUAGCAUCCUAGUGCAAACCAUAAGAACAACAAAUUGUUCAAGGUCUAUCAAUAGAUGCACUAUUUUAAUAGCAGAUUUUCUGAAGGUACACAUGAUUUAUUCUCUGAAAUUUGAUAAAUUACGAUUCUUUGUCACCAAGACCAUUAAAAUUUCACAUUGAUCAUUUAACUUAAUCAUUUUUUCCUCAAAUUAGAUUCUCACCUUUCAGUGACAUACCGCAUGCAUGACUACUUUUUAUCGCCAGACAGUCAGAAAUCCACAAGAAGGACCCCACCACUCUCAGACCUGAAGGACUGCAUCUUACAGGGAGAACAGACUGACUCAAUCUGAGACCGCCCUGCACAUAUUCAGGUCCUGUGGCUUUAAAAAAUAAAUAACUCUUGUUUUGUUCAGAGGAGCAAGUGAACCAAUUGUGGCUAUAAUUAGGUUCCCUUCCUGCAUGACAGGAAUACCAGCCAGUGAUUAUUAACAUUUAACCAAAUAUUUAAAGCCACAAAAGAGAAAAAGGUAGCUUCUAAUGCCCUAUUAGAUCAGUCCAAGCUAAAAGAAAUUUUACAAUGCUUUCUCUUCUAGCUGCCGUGUGUGUGUGUGUGUGUGUGUGUGUGUGUGUGUGUGUGUGUGUGUCGGUAUGUCAGUGUCACGAAGAGAAAGAUAGUCAGGCAUAGUUGUUCAGAGUAAUAAUUGAGAAAAACUACAGCUAUAGAUGCUAUUUUUUAACAAUAAAAGCAAUAAAAAUGUAGGCUGAUUAUUAGAUGAGGACUUUCAUAAUUGUGUACAGAACGGUGGAUGUAUGUGACAAUUGGAUUUCUGAAUUAAAUUAUUUUUGAAAACUUUUAACAGCAAGAAUUUAGACUUUCCCUACCAAGAAGUUGUUCAGGAAUAGUUGUAGCAUGGGCACAUUCAGCCUUAGGCUAUUGAAUAUUAUAAUGAGAAUAUUAUUACCGUGCUCUUAACAUUGACUUUCAUUAACUUACUAAGGACGGGAAAUACUAAGAUUUCUGGCUGUCCAGUCACCAUCUUCACUUUUUGCCCCACUUUCUUUAGUCAAUCACAAAGAGAAGCAGCAGUAACAGCCUUACUCGUUUCUCUUUUAAAUAAUCAUUAAUAGUUUUACUUGGAGGAAGGCAAAAGAAUGCUCUGGUCACUUAUUAAACAUUCAAGUAAGCUAAAAUACCUCAACUAGCAGCCAGUGUUUUUCCUCUCCAAGACACCUGAACUGUCCUGACAAAUUGCAUCUAAAAAAACAAAAUCAUUGGUUGCUUUUGUAUAUUAAAAUCAAUGUUCUGUUUGGGCCUUAAUUAUUAUCUAUGAUUCAUUCGGUGCUUUCUCAAAUCAUCUUUUUUUAAAGUGCCCUGUAAGCUUAAAAAUACUUGUUUGAUAAAUCUGCUACUCAUGGGGGCUGGGGAUUUAGCUCAGCGGCAUAAGCGCCUGCCUUGUAAGCAGGCAGUCGUGAGUUCGAUCCCUGGUACCGAUAAAAACGAAAAAGACAAAAAAAAAAUAAUAAAAAUAAAUCUGCUACUCAUUAUGAAAUAUUUCAAUUUUCAAGCUUAAGUUUUGCUCUUGUUGAAAAUCUGCCAUUUAGACAUGGUGCAGACUUUUAACUCACAGUUGUAAGUGGGCUCAAUAAUGAAAAAUGCCACCAAACACUUCGGUGAUAAUGCCAUCUGCAAUGCCAUUGUGCAUACAAGCAAUAACACUUUGCUGGUGUGCUUUUAUAUUGAAAGUUUAAUAUGGAAGCCUUUGCCCACAAGCAUAUAGAGAAUUAACUUUCUAGAAGUGAUGAUAUAUUCUGCUAAGUACAAGGAAGAGGAUUGGGAUGGGGGAAUCAUUCCUAUUCAAAUACUAUUAAAAGCAUUUUUACUUUGACAACGGGUACAGAUAGUCAAAGCACACUUGCACUCUUCAGCUACAUUUUGUUGUCUGUGAAGUUUAAUUUAGCACCUAUUGUUGGCUGACCUAUGGCAAACUUUUUAAAUUACCAAAUUUUUACAGGAGCUACCCUUUCAACUUUCCCUGUGGAUUUUGUUUACUUAUUCUAGUUAGAGUAUAAAGAAAACCAUUAAAACUUCCUGGUUCUGCAGGGUUGUUAAAGAGCCACUGAUGCCUUCAAAAAACCUUUUCUCAAAUACUUCUGCAAGUUCACAUUUCUAUCUUUUUCUUAUUUCUACUUUGUGGAGGCAGUGGGGCUUUCUGCCUCUUUCACAUUUUAGAGUUUCUUUGUUUAUAUCCAGAGCCUUAAGUUAUUCUGAGCAUAAUGUCUAUGAUGCAUCUGUAAUCAUGACUUUUCUAUACAUUAUGUGUAUCUGGAGGAAUAGCAUCAGCAGCCGCAAAUAUAUUUCUUGGGAGCAAAGGUCUAAUUUUCUUUUGCAAGUAUCUCUGUUAUAAUGCAGAGUAGUGUUAUGAAAAUUUACAUGUCUUAUGAUAUUCAUAGUAGUGCUCUAACAAUGAAGCACUUUAUCCUGCUAAAAUCUGAAACACAAGAAUAUCUUUAUGUUUCCAUUCUAAAAUUUUGAAUUUUCCCAGUGUGUGUCAGCAUAAGAACUGGGGCUACCCAGUUCCUAUUCUUAGGGCUCUAAUGACAUCUAAAGCAGAUCACCUUACUUCUUCAUUCAUAUCCAGUUUUAUUAGACUCAAACCACUUUUUAUUUUUGUACUAAGUACUGUCUUUCUAUAGCUUCUCUAGAUUUAGAAAAUGAGAACCUAUACAGAGAUCACUAGGUCUGUUUAUAAACCUUUCUGUGAAUUUAUACCCGUAUGUACAUAUGUAAAAAUUGUUGAUUUUCAAUUUUCUCCUUCCAUAGGAAUGAAAUUUUUAUAGAAAAAAUUUUAACUUAAGUAUUUUAACAUAAAUUAUUCACAUGGAUUUUUAAUGUAUAGUUCAUCCUUUUACGUGGAGCCUCCUCUUGUUUUAUCAUGGGGUGGUGACUUUGCUUUCAUCAGGUAGGGUGAAGCGGAAGGAGAUGAGAAACUGCUGCUGUUCUGCAGCUCAGAGCCAUGGCUGGUAGAAGGAAAGUCCAGCUCAAGAGUGCUCUGUAAAAAGCGCGCCCUGUCCUUGCAUGCUGAUGGGAUCCAUCACGCCGUGGCUCUGGCCUUGGCCUCUAAGUUAGACUGCAGUAUCGUGUCAUUGUUUUUUCCUUUGGGCUUUUAAAAAACAGUUCAUUCUCUAGACCAUUUUCUCUGCUGUUUGCUAAGGCAACACAUCCCUGGGAAGUCAGGCAUGGUCUUAGGCUCUCUCCUCUGAACUCUUGGCCACGCUUGGUCUUCCGCCUGGAGGUGACCUGUGGGGGUGCUGUGUCCCAGAAAGCUUAUCCCUCUGCCUAAAAUUCAUUGUGGUAGGUUUGGUGGAAAAUCUUAGUAUAUUUUAAUAAGUUAAAACUAAAUAGAGUGAAAUAUAGGUUUGAGAAAGAUCAGUAGUCUGCGGGGACCAUUAUUACAGAAUCAAAGUAUAUAUUACAUAGUAUAUGGAUAUUGGAAUGUGUCAUGGGGGGUCGUCUGUCAUUAACAAACAAUCAUCUGUAUAGAAAGCUUUUUUAAAAAACUGGACUAGCAUUUCAUCUUGUGAGUGACAAUUGACUGAUAUUAAAAAUCAGUAUUAUCUUGAUUGUUUUUAUUUGUUGACUAAGUUUGAAAAGAUGUGUUCUCUGAAUGAGUCAACUCUAAUGUGAAAGAUGUACACAAUGAUUUUUCUUCCUAGCUGAAUGAAUGUAAAAUACUUGCAGAUAGUGUAUAUACUGUGUAACAUAUGUAUAUUUGGUCAUAAAGACAGAUAAUGGGAAACAUUGUAAAAUUAAGCACUUUAAUUCCUGUUAAAUAUUAAACAUUUGUAUCUUGUAAAUAAACACCCUUAAAUCAGUC